CCUCCAUUUACAGGAGCUUAUCUCUUGCACGGUGCCGGACAUCGCUGACAGUGUAACCCUGUUGAUCUUUUAAUGAAGCUGGGGAUCCUCCUCUGCUCCAGAUGGCCCUGUGUUGUACUGGUAUUUCCAUAACACAGUGCCUGUGUUGUUAUUAAUGCUCUACAUGGCUUGGACCCCCUGCAAGUUGUGAUAAGUCCUCUCUUCCCCUCCCAUCCUCUCCCGCUUGGAUGGUGACGGGUAGGUCACAUGAUUUUUGUUAUGGUAAAAGGCACGGUAUGGCAUCUGGAGCUAGGCAGCAUCUGUUGGUGUUUCUCGAGGCUCAAAUCUGACUCCUUGUUCUUCGUCAUGCUGCUGUGAUCCGCAGGGAUCAGGGAAGUUUUGGGCUUUAGCCAGCAGUUCAGUCAUUAAUGAUGCACAGUGUUUUUGUACAAAAAUGAAAUUGAAGUCUGUGCAGUUCUCUUGUGUCACAGAAACUUGGUGACCUUUGAGGUAGCGUAUUUAUCUUUAGUGCGAGGGAACUGGGAGUUUGCAGUUUCAAAAAUGACUUUAGCAAAUAGUGGAUGCGGAAUAUUGUAUCAAACCGACUCAUCAUGAUUUCAGCAUGCAAGUACAACUCCUGCUGAAAACCCAGCCCUUCUAGUUUGCUGUCAUAGAUUAGGAGACAUUCCCCAUACAUUCCCAUCUGAUGGAGCAGUGGUUGGCAGUCUUUGUGAAGAGGCACCAUGUUUCCUUGUCAUGUAACCCCCUGGCCAUCUGCUGAGCCUCCAGCCUCUUGCAGCAGUCAUGCAAAUCCAAUGCAACCCUCUCAGCCCUUGCCUGAUCUACUGUGCAGCUGUCCUGCCCCACCUUUAAACACCCACUCUGAGACACCCUCGCCGGAUCCAAUGGAGUCCCUAAUUGUCGUAACAGAGUAUGAACCCAGCCGACCGCCUGGAGAGGCUGGGGAGGAAGAGGUAGAAGAAAUGGACAGUUCAGAGACCCCGGAGCCAGCUUCCUCUGUGGCAGCACCUUUCCGGACUCCAUCCUGUGACCUUCUGUCUCAUACAGUUGGUCGACCAGAAGCUCUACUACCCGGAAGCCAAGAGCAAAGGGGAAGGUUAAACUUUUCAGACAGGAAACUCUCUCUGCAGGAGCGCUCACAAACGGCAACGUCACCCUGUAGCUCACCGGGACUUAAUGGGCGCUAUAUUUAUCCAUCAUUACCGUACUCCCCCAUCACGUCACCUCAUUCUUCUCCACGCCUGCCCCGCCGGCCCACUGUGGAGUCCCACAGUGUUUCCAUCACAGACCUCCAGGACUGUGUUCAACUCAACCAGUACAAGCUGAAAGAUGAGAUUGGAAAGGGCUCCUAUGGUGUUGUCAAGUUGGCUUACAAUGAGGAUGACAACACAUACUAUGCGAUGAAGGUGCUUUCCAAGAAGAGGCUGAUGAGGCAGGCAGGUUUCCCACGGAGACCUCCUCCUCGUGGGGCAAGAGCCGCUCCCGAGGGGCCUGCCCAACCUAAAGGGCCGCUGGAGCGAGUCUAUCAAGAGAUUGCCAUCCUUAAAAAGCUUGACCACCCUAAUGUAGUCAAACUAGUAGAAGUUUUGGAUGACCCCGGUGAGGACCAUCUGUACAUGGUGUUUGAGCUUGUGAAGCAAGGGGCUGUGAUGGAGGUGCCAACCGAUAAGCCUUUCAGCGAGGACCAGGCACGUUUUUACUUCCAGGAUCUUCUCAGGGGAAUCGAGUACUUACAUUACCAGAGGAUCAUCCACAGAGACGUCAAACCGUCGAAUCUGCUGGUGGGAGAAGAUGGACACAUCAAGAUUGCAGACUUUGGAGUUAGUAACCAGUUUGAGGGAGCUGACGCCCUGUUGACCAGCACAGUUGGAACUCCCGCUUUUCUUGCUCCUGAAACGCUCUCUGAGACCAGAAAGAACUUCUCUGGAAAGGCUUUGGAUGUUUGGGCCAUGGGAGUGACGCUGUAUUGCUUCGUCUUUGGAGAGUGUCCAUUUAUGGAUGAGCGCAUUCUCAGUCUUCAUCAAAAAAUCAAGACACAACCCGUGGUGUUACCAGAACAUGCCGACAUAUCAGAUGAUCUCAAGGAUUUGUUAUUGAAAAUGCUGGACAAGAAUCCAGAGACCAGGAUAACGAUCCCACAGAUUAAGGUACACCCAUGGGUGACAAGGCAUGGUGCUGAGCCACUUCCCCCUGAGGACGAUAAUUGCUGUAUGCUUAUUGAAGUAACCGAGGAGGAAGUGGAGAAUUCUGUUAAACACAUCCCCAGCCUGGCAACAGUGAUCCUGGUAAGAACUAUGCUCAGGAAGCGAUCCUUCGGAAACCCCUUUGACUGGGGCCGGAAAGAGGACCGCAGCAGUUUGUGUCCUCCAGGGCAAACCCUCACGAAAGGCAGAGCAGGCAGUGUGAGAUACUGCUACAUUCAUUGUAACCAAAAAAGGAAACAGGAAAGCGGUGACGGGAUGAGAAGUAUGAACCUGCCCUACGUGGGAGAGGAUGAGACUCUUUCCUGAUGCGGGAGGUUUAAUAUGCACGCUGGCAUCUGGCUGCCUGCAAUCGCACAGCACAAAACCCCUUUACUCACAGUUUUAUACUUGCAGCCCACACAUCAUUUCUUGGGAGGUGGUCGAGUGUGGCAGACACUAACAAAAGGGAGGAAAUAAUGCUCUAAGGCACUUUGAUGAUCACUUUCUAAGCUUUUAUUCUGUCCUGUCCUCUUACACAGUUUAAUUUAAGGUUAUGGGACUUAAACUGUAACAUGGAAACCAUCCAAGGGUGGAGCAUCCUCCUUUACUUUCAGUUUUCGCCCCCUUUUGCCUGACCCACUCCUUCUCCUACCCUGCAUGCUCUUAUAGUCCUAGCAUGCUUUGUCUCAGGCUUCAGCUGUACAGUUUCGGGUUUUAUCAUAGUCUAGCCACUUGUGUUUCAGGUAUACGGGACGAAGGAAUAAUCUGUUUUUGGA